AUGUCUAAUCAACAGCACAACACGAAAGGAAAAAAAGCAGAAAUGUUAACCCUAAAAACAAGAAAUUUCUCCCCCAAGGUUUACAACUUAUGUUCCCAAAUACCAAAGGGUCAAGUUUCAACUUAUAAAUAUAUUGCUGAAUUUCUUCAUAUUUCGCCACGGGAAGUCGGUCAAAUUCUAAAAAUAAACCCUUUUUCAUCAGCCGAAGUUCCCUGCCAUCGCGUUAUUGCUACUAAUUUUUUCAUUGGUGGGUAUUAUGCUAGUAAAAAUGAGUAUGAAAAAUUGGACCAAGGACAAAAAGAUUAUCAAGCAUUAUGCCAGGAGGUGAGCAAGGAAGAACAAGAUUUUCUCCUAACGGAAAUUAAAGAUUUUGAAGAACAAAAAGAGAAAUUAAUUGACAAAAUUAAGGAACAAAUAAUUGAAGAAGAAGGGACUAAGCAAAACAUCGUCGUAGAAAUUCGUCCCGGCACCGGAGGAACCGAAGCCGGAUUAUUUGCUCGUGAUCUUUACCGGAUGUAUGCCAAAAAUGAGGCAGGAGUUCAUCGGGUCCAGCGGGUCCCUCAAACGGAAAAUAAAGGAAGAAUACAUACUUCGACCGCUAGCGUGGUGGUUUUGCCCGAAGCCCAAGAUAUUGUUUUAAAUAUUCGUCCGCAAGAUUUAAAAAUUGAAACUUGCCGUUCCAGUGGAGCCGGUGGUCAACAUGUUAAUACUACUGAUUCGGCGGUACGCGUUGUCCAUCUGCCGACUGGGGUGGUUGCUACUUCCCAAGACGGACGAAGCCAGCAUGCUAAUCGGGAAAGAGCUUUAAUGUCGGACAAGCAAAAAGAGACUGGAAACUUGCGCUCAUCUAUGAUUGGCACCGCGGAACGCUCAGAAAAAAUUCGCACUUAUAAUUAUCCUCAAAAUCGGGUUACUGACCAUCGCACAGGAACAAGUUGA